GCGCGUCGUCGUUCCGUACUCACCGUCGUCGUCGUCGUCGUCGUCGUCUUCUCGCACGCACGCACCGCCGUUGUCGUCGUAUGUUCUCAUCGGAAAAUGUUGUUACCAACGGUCGUUUUUUGAACACAGUCCGUUCUAAACGCUUUGCGGGUUUUUCUCUCUCUUUCACCAUCGUUCGUCCGUCACAAAUCGUCUCGUCGCGAAUAGAAUAUUAACUGUGGUGGUUAUUUGUUCUUCGUCUUCAACCGUUGGUUGAUAUCCAUCGCGUGUACAACCGUACUGUUCUUCGAGAUCUAUUCGACGGACUUUGGCAAACACGAACCGAUCAUGACGCGAAGCCGUUGGCCCACGCCGUCGCUGCAACUGGUGCUGGCCUUGGUCUUGCUGUCCGGCUUCUUGACAACAGAUAUCGCAGCGAAAGAACCUACUCUGAUCAUUAGACCGACACAGCCAAAACAAACCAAACCGAUUGGCUCAUCGUUGAUACUCAACUGUCAGCCAGACGUGGACCAACCAGAAUUCAUUACGAAUCUGAAAUGGCUAGAUCCGAUGAACAGGACAAUCGAUCAAACACCAACUGCCGGUGCGCACGUGACCACCAUGGUCACUUCCAGUAACAAUCUGGGCCUGGUAAUAACUGGUCUCACAGAAGCGGAUGUCGGCACGUACACGUGCACCGCCAUGUACUCCAAUUCGGAAUAUCUGGUUCGCAGCGUGGUCGUAGACAGUUUCAACGACAUUACAUGGGUAGACGCUCCCACCGAACAGUAUCCAAUCGCCGGCUCCAGUUACAAAGUCCGGUGCAAGGUCAAGGCUGACCCCGCUCCGUUGAUCGACUGGUACAAGCAAGACGCUAGGAUCCAGGACGGAAACGGAUUCGUCAAGGACAUUGACGGUCUGUUGAUUCAAAACGUCACCGCUGAAGAUGAUGGUAUCUAUAAAUGUCGGGCCAUCGUGUUAGACACGGGAAGUAUUCUCGACCGGGAUAUCAGAGUUGAGGUUCACAUCCCGCCCACAUUCGCACCGGAUCAAGUGUCGCAACUGGAAGUGGUUGAGGGUGACAUGGCCAGCGUCCGGUGUGCGGCCAACGGCAAACCGGAACCGAAGGUCACGUGGAUCCAGAUGCCGGAGCAACGGGACCUGAGCGAGGGCACCGAGAGGUACUCGGUGAACAAGGUGACGGGCGUGUUAAACCUGAACAAGAUCAGCCGCACGGACAACGGUCAGUUCAAGUGCGUGGCCAGCAACGCAGCCGGUCUCAUCGAACGCAUGGUGAAGGUGAUCGUGCUCAUCAAGCCCCAGGUGCUGGACGUGACCAACGUGUCCGUGCCGAUUGACAAUGUGGCCAAGAUCACAUGUACUGCAAACGGAAAUCCGUUACCUUCGAUCAUGUUCAGGAGAGUGGGCACGAACGUUGUCAUAAAAUCAGGAAUCAACGACUAUCGCAUUAGCGUGGAACACGACACGGCGAGGGACCAGGCGACGGCCACUCUUGUGAUUAAACACCUGAACCGCACCGACGACGGACUGUACACGUGCAUCGCAUCGAACAAGGGCGGCGAAGCUUCGAAAAACGGACAUCUGACCGUGGAAUUCCCGCCCGAGUUUCCCAGCAACAUGGUCAAAGAAAUGUGGACGUGGAACAGGAUGCCAGUGAACUUGUCGUGCGUGUCCGAGUCGCUGCCCAACGCGUCCAUCUCGUGGCUGCUGAACAACCGUCUGAUCGAAGACGAUAUGAACGUGCAGAAGUUCGGUAAGGGCCCGUACAGCAACCUGCUGGUGACGCCGGUCGAUCCGCGAUACUAUGGCGUGUACAAGUGUCUGGCCAAGAACAUACACGGCGAGAACAGCGCGCUCAUCACGUUGCGAGAAGCGCACAGACCGUCCAAAGUAUCCCAAGCCAAAUUCGACGUCGUGACCGCCACGACUAUUUCGUUCAGUUUCGUGGGCCCGACUGACACGGGAGGUAUUAGAAUCAAAGCGUACGCUGUCCAAUACAAGGAGAUGUCGCAGACAUGGGAAGAAGCCCGUAACAAAUCGUGGCCAGUGGAUACGCCUUACAUACUGGAAAAUCUAGAAGCGCACAGAACCUAUCAGUUUCGGUUCGCCGCCAUCAACGACGUGGGGACCAGCGAAUGGGGACCCUUGGAACAGCGCACCAUGCCCAAGAGAUCUGCGCCCGAGGAACCGAAAAUAUUAGUGAACAAGGACGUGUACACGGAAGACUACAUCAACUCACCGUACGGAAACAGCUACGAAGUGAACUGGAAAAUACCUGCCGACAACGGAGAGCCCAUUGACCACUACAACGUAAAUUAUUGCGUGAUCGAUAAAAUAAACACAAUGUGGACGACUAGGAGGGACUCGUGUAAAAACGAGCAACUCAGAUUCCAGGACAGGACGGCAUUCCUGAUGAACAAUCUAAACGCCAACACGUUUUACAAAGUAGAAGUCAGAGCCCACAACGAAAUCGGAUACAGUGUACCAUCGGAACUUGUCUUUAAAACUGCAGCUGGUGUGGACAUACCGCUACAGCCGCAGCACCAACACCACCUCAGCUCGACUGUCAUCCUCAGCAUCGUACUGGCUGUGCUGUUUACGAUAUUGGUCGUCAUCGACGUGUCGUGUUACUUCGCCAACAACACCGGUAUUCUGUACAUACUGUUCGGGAUGUGUUGCCGAAAGAAAAAAAGGGAAGAAGACGCCAAGCUCGGAAGUGAAGGCAAAGAACUGUUGACCAACGGUAACACCUACCAGAGCAACAACAUGUGCAUCGAACCCACCGAAAUGCUGAAAAAGGACACCGAAGUGGAGUACGACGUGAAACGAUCUGUGUCGCAAACGCGAUUCGUCGGCAAAGACUCGGCUGUUUAGAAACAGACUUGAAAAAGAACGAAUGUUAUAUUAUACAAGUACAAAGUGGUGUACAACGGUUAUUUUACGACUGAAAAUUUGAAAAAUAAAAAACCAAUUUAAUAAUUUAUGAAACAAUUCGAGAAAGGACUGUUUUUCUGGCAUUUAUAAGUGUAAUUAUAAUAAUAUUAUAUCGUAGUAUUUUAUACUACUACAACAACUACUAUUACUACUAUAGGUAAUCC